CCCCAUUUUCUGACCAGUCCUGAGAACAGAACCAAGAGGCUGAAGAAGGAAGCAGAGAAGUGCCAAGAAAUGCAGAAGAGGGGGAUGUGGUGAGCGGCCCCUGGGGGAGGGGUUCCAGCUGCAGCAAGAGAGACACCCAGAGGGACGGGGCCAUGUGGCUGCCAUCGGCUUUGCUGCUGCUCUCUGUCCCAGGCUUCUCAUCUCUGAGUGGCCCCAGCACUGUGACAGGCACCGAGGGGGGAUCCCUGAGCGUGCAGUGCCGGUAUGAGGAGAAAUACAAGGCAUUUACCAAAUACUGGUGCCGACAACCAUGCUUGCUACUUUGGAACCAGAUGGUGGAGACCAGAGGGUCUGAGGGAGAGGUGCGGAGUGGCCGUGUGUCCAUCGUGGACCAUUCUGCAGACUUCACCUUCACAGUGACCUUGGAGAACCUCACUACAGAUGAUGCAGGGAAAUACAGAUGUGGGAUCGCGACAAUACUGCGAGAAGAAGGACUCAAUGGCUUCCUGCCUGACCUCUUUUUCCAGGUUCAAGUGUUUGUUUCCCCCAGGUCCCUGCCUGACCGCGUCCACUUCCUGCUCCUCAUAUUCCUGAAGGUGCCCCUGCUUCUGAUUAUGCUCAGUGCCGUCCUCUGGGUGAACAGGCCUCAGUGGGCAAUUUGUGGGAAACACAGUCAGCCUGAUGACGACGGCCUACAGCCCUCCUUGCCCAUCGAUAUCCUGUCCAGAGACAUCACUGUUCAGACUAGAGAAGGAGGAACUUCUGCCCCCAAACUUUAUUUCUCUUCUCACUUUAUUGCCAAAAACUUGUAAGCAAAGCAAAACGAAACAAAACAAAACAAAAAACCUUGAAAACAUGUAAUGAAAUAUAUCGCACAUACAAAAAUGUGUGUAUAAUGUAGAUGUGCCUGGUGAUUGGCUGGGCAGCACACGGGAAACAUUCCACAGGACCCCUAACUUGCCAGCAGAAAUUGGUGCCAGGCACAGACUAGUUGGUCAAGGGAUCCCAAAGUGAGGGCCCGCUUUUGGGUGACCUCGCCCUGCUGAGAACCCUCAAGGCAGCCUCUCAACUCAACAUUCCUUCCUUUCUUCACUCGCUCACCAAAUAUUCACCAAGAGCCUAUAUAGCGAAGACUUAUUUCUAGAUUAUGGGGAUAGAGCAAUCAACAAAACACGAGCUUUGUGUUCUAACAGUUGGUUUCAGAAAAUAAAGAAAUAAAUAAUA